AUGCUCCAGCCGGCCGUCCUGACAGCCACGGCCGCCAAUCCGGAUGAUCAGACAAGACUGUUCAACGUGGAGGAGCCGAGGCCCACCCGGCCCAACAUCAUUUUGAUCCUCACCGAUGACCAGGAUGUGCACAUGGACUCGCUGAGAUUCACGCCUCUCACGCAUAAGCAUCUCAUCUCCCAGGGCACGCUGUACAAGAAGCACUUUUGCACCACCGCCGUGUGUUGCCCGAGCCGUGCAUCUCUCUGGACGGGAAAGCUGUCUCACAACACCAAUGUCACUGAUCUCACGCCUCCGUAUGGCGGGUACCCCAUCUUUGUCAAGAACGGCCACAACGAAAACUACCUUCCGAUAUGGCUGCAGUCUGCAGGGUACAGCACCUAUGUAGUAGGCAAGAUGUUCAACGCACAUACCCUAUGGAACUACGAUAGCCCCCAUCUUAAGGGUUGGGAUGGUUCCGCCUUUGGGUUCCUCGAAGACGCCGUCAGCGCCGAGAAACCCUUCUUCCUCGCCAUCGCCCCCAUCGCCCCGCACAGCAACGUCAACAGCUCCUUCAUCACCCCCGUCCACGGACCGGACGACAACGUCCCCAUCACCGACGACGGCCUGCGCGUGCCCCGAAACGCCAACUUCAACCCGGACAAGCCCUCGGGCGCGGACUGGAUCCGCCGGCAGCCCAAGCUCACGGACGAGCAGGUCGAGUACAACGACGGCCACUACCGGGGUCGUCUCCAGUCUCUGCAGGCCGUGGAUGAGCUCGUGGACGGGCUGUUCGAGAGGCUCGAGACCAAGGGCCUCCUGGAUAACACGUACGCUGCCCCCGGCAAGGAGUGCGGUUAUGAGGAAGACAUCAACAUUCCCCUCAUCAUCCGCGGGCCCGGCAUACCCAAGGGUCAGGUGUCCGAGGCCGUCACCGCCCACGUAGAUCUCGCUCCCACGGUCCUGCACCUCGCCGGCGCGCCGCUCCGCGCCGACUUUGACGGACGGCCGGUGCCCCUCUCCGCCAAGGAGAUCGAGGAGGCGCCCGCCACCCGGGAGCACGUCGGCAUCGAAUACUGGGGCUGGGCGCUCGUCUUCAACAACACGUACAAGGCCAUCCGCGUCAUCGGCGAGGGCUACAGCCUGUACUACUCCGUCUGGUGCACCAACGAGCACGAGCUCUACGACAUGACCAACGACCCCGGCCAGCUCGUCAACCUCCUCCACCCGGACGAGGCCAAGGUCGCCGAGUCCGCCACCGUGCUCGGCCACUCCAUCAAGUCCCUCGUGCCCCGCCUCGACGCCCUCCUCUUCGUCCUCAAGUCCUGCAGCGGCAUCUCGUGCUCCCAGCCCUGGAGGUCGCUGCACCCCCAGGGCAACGUGGCUAGUCUCCGAGACGCCCUCUCCCAGCGCUUCGACGCCUUUUACGCCGAGCAGGCUCGCGUGGAGUGGUCGCGCUGUGAGCUGGGCCACAUUAUCGAUGCGGAGGGUCCUCAGUUUGAGAAGGACGGAAACGUGUACUGGCAAGGUUCGCGCUGGAGUGACUGGACGUAG